AUGGCAGGCUUCAGCCAACUGGCUGAGCUGCCGGAGAUCGUGCGGGACUCUCAGCUCCCUGCAACGUUCCGCUGGGAGGGCCAGCAACAGUUCACUAUCCACACUCAAGGCGCAAGUCGGCGCGCCAAACAGAGCCAAGAAGUCUGGGCGCACAUGGGCACAUUGGGCCAGGGGGGAUUCGGAUCGGUCGAGCUGCAGGCCAAGCAGUCUAAGCGGACUGGGCAGACGAAGGAGCUCCGGGCGGUCAAGUCUAUCCGGAUCCCAGAGGAUGAGCUGAAUGAGAACCGCGAGUUCUAUGUGAGGGAGCUUGAAGCCAUCGUCAAGUUCUCGCAAGCACGCUAUGGGGAGCUCUUUGUCAAAUCAUAUGGAUGGUUUGCGUCCCAAAGUGUCCUCCACAUCGCCAUGGAGUACUGUGAAUUAGGGGAUCUGCAGAGAUACCUGUUCAAGAAGUGCCAAAAUAGACGAUUGCCUGAGAACCAGGCUCACGACAUUGCUUCCCAGGUGCUCGAUGCCUUGACGAGGAUGCACGAGGAGAAGUUUGCACAUCGCGACCUCAAGCCAGCGCCAUCCGCCCACCCCCAUCCGCCCACCCAUCCGUGGGUGGUGAAAGUAGCAGACUUCGGCAUCAGCAGACGAGAUCAAGGCACGACAAUGAAUCCAACAACCAGUGUGCGAGGUACCGGUUCGUUCAUGCCACCAGAGCUGCUCGGAUUCAGUGGUGAAAACUCUAGGGCUGUCGACCUUUAUGCAGUUGACAUGUGGUGUUACGGAGAAACCUUGUUUAGGAUGCUGACGGGUGGCGGUACAUUUGAAAAGCCAGCAGACUUGUACGGGUAUUAUUUCGGCCACGUGAAAUUCCCAAGAGCUGUUCUUGAGGAGAUACAACUGAGCCCUGCUGUGAUUGACUUCCUACAGUCUCUGCUCACCUGCGACCCAGCACAACGUCUUACAUCGCAAACGGCGUUAGAUCAUUCGUGGGUGGAAACGGAUUUCCGCGGUUCAGAUGCAUCAUCUCGCAGAACAUCCCGUCGCUUAUCUUCAACCAAGCCAUUAGACGGCAUCGACCAUUCCACAUUGGAAAAUACCAUUGUGCAGAUGUCCCAGACAGAGAACACAGAUGCCUCGGCCUCCUGGACAGAAAACUUCUCGCAAAUGCACCUCGACGAUUAUCAGCAGACCACCCCAUUACAACAACAGGCGGUAUCUCACUCACAAAACCAUCCUACUACAUACUCCUCCAAAGUGUCAGCCGGCAAUAAACAUACUCAAGCUACCAAUGCCGAAGAGGGCGGUCCAAGAUUACCGACCUUGAACACAUCUUCUGGGAACAGCAGGACAUCGAACCAAGGUGAUCUGCUAGAAGACACUGCAGCUUCAUUAUCUUGGACCUCCGCCUUCCCAAUGAGUCAAACAUUUGAAGGAAAAGGACCUAUAGCUGGCACAGACACACCCCAAAUACAACCUGCGCAACCAAUUUUCACACCCUCGGUAAAUUCUCCCAGUCAAAACCCUCAGAUCAGCCCCGCCCAUGAGGUCGAAUCAGAAGCUACGUUGGUCCCGAACCCGAACUCGCAAACCAGGCUCGAGGCAAGUGGCGUUGCAGCAUUUGAUGAAGUCCUUUAUCCUUGGACUCAAAAGUCGGCCCCCAUCUCCCACAGAGAGGACUCGGGUUUGGCAGGCAUCCCCCAGAAUCCACCAAAUUCAGCUGGCAUUACGCAGGGAAAGCAAGCCGAAACCGCUGCACAGCGCCAUGACGCCGCUGAUUUUCAAAUAUACACCGGCGAAGAACUAGGAGCUCAGAUGGACUCAUUCCGUAAGAGUGAUGAUUUCACCUCCGCCAAGAGCCACUUUACGCAUUACUGGGAAAGUGCAAAGUCGACCAUAGGCGAAGAGCAUCCAAUAUCAAUUCUUGCUUUAGAUUAUCUUAUAGAGGCAGUGCUCAAUCUAGGCGAAUACAGCACAGCGGAGAACUUGUGCAGAAGAAUGGUCACUCUUUUGAUGAAGACACAAGGAUCAGACCACACGUCCACAAUUUCUAGCAAAAACGACCUCGCAUAUUACCUCAGAAAGCUUUACCGAUUCGACGAAGCCAUCUCCAUACUACGAGACGUUAUCAGCUCCUGCCGACGCAACGGAUAUCAUUCCUUGCUCUACGAAGCCUUAUCCCACCUGGUCUGGAUUUACCUAGACAAGGGCGACGCCACACAAGCUGAAUCGACAUUCCAAGAGUAUAUCAAGGCAAAGGGCAAUGUUCUUGGCCAUACGCACGAGCAGAUCAUUGAUGAUGUUUAUGAGUUCGCCAUCGCCCUAAGCCGCACAUACGCUUAUCAUGGAGAAGCUUCCAGAGCAGCGCAACGAUUCUUCAAGCUUACAGACUCUUUAUCGCGGAGCGGUGAGCCUCUUUCGCGGAAGACUCGAUCCCAACAACAGGAGCUGAUGUUACUGUUGACAAAUCCCCAAGGCACGUCUGGCAAUAAGAACAGUCGACACCAGUCAUCUCCGACUCACGGAGGUGCGACGUCCCACCACAAUACUCCUCCCAUACGUCUCAAACCGUCACCGUCUUAUUAUCCAGACAGCCCUAUGCCGGGUACUAAUGAACCCAUCCGUCUGAAACCGUCUCCUGCUUACGGGCCACCAUCUUCUUCUUAUUACGAAGAGACGAAUAAUUUUGGCAAUUACCCCAGUUCUACAUUUCUCGGCCCUGGCGGUGUUGUUGAAGGUGCCGGUGAUGAAACGUACGAUCAAUGGAGGCAGUCAAAUACCACCCAGCCCAAAGAGAAGAAGAAGAGAUUGAGCAAACUAAGGGAUCUUUUCUCGUAA